CCAAUUUUGGCAUAGAUUUUCGAUUUUGGUUAUCUGAAAAGAAAGAACACACAUAUUGAAACAAAUAAAAUUAUUAUUUAAUUUGAGAAAUUAAAAACAGUUAGCUAAACACCUGAAAAAAUUGUGAAUCUAAUUAAAGAAAGAAGACCAAAAAUAGAGAUGAAAUGAUGUUGUUUGACUCGUUGAGGAAAGAGGAUGAUACGGAAUACCACCAACUGAAUCAAUUUAUUGCUUUCCAACAUAUGCCUAUGGAUGUAUGUAUGUUUUCCUGAUAAUUUAACAGAAUAAACACUCAAAACAAUUCAUGGUUUGAUAGGAGUUGCAGAAAAAAAAAUGGCUGAGGAAAAUAGUACGACGGACACCUCCAUAAUAUGUUACGCGCCAAGCAUGAUUACCACCAAUGGAGUUUGGCAAGGCGACAACCCUCUCGAUUUCUCCCUGCCUCUCUUUGUUCUCCAGCUUACAUUGGUCGUUCUCGUCACUCGUUUCUUUGUCUUUGUACUCAAACCAUUUCGCCAACCUCGUGUCAUCUCCGAGAUCCUUGGGGGAAUAGUGCUGGGGCCAUCGGUGCUUGGGCGCUACGAUAAAUUCGCCAACACCGUGUUCCCUCAGAGAAGUGUGAUGGUACUUGAAACAAUGGCUAACGUUGGUUUACUCUACUUUUUGUUCCUGGUGGGCGUUGAGAUGGACAUUAUGGUGGUACGCAAGACUGGGAGGCGAGCACUAACCAUCGCUAUCGGUGGUAUGGUCUUACCAUUCCUCAUUGGCGCUGCUUUCUCUUUCUCCAUGCACAGAUCUGAUGACCAUUUGGGGCAAGGCACCUACAUACUCUUCCUCGGUGUAGCUCUCUCCGUCACCGCCUUCCCCGUCCUCGCAAGGAUUCUCGCUGAACUCAAGCUCAUCAACACCGAGAUUGGUCGGAUCUCCAUGUCCGCAGCCUUGGUCAACGACAUGUUUGCUUGGAUUCUCCUGGCCCUAGCCAUCGCGUUGGCAGAGAGCGAGAAAAGUUCAUUUGCCUCUCUUUGGGUCAUGAUUUCUAGUGCAGCUUUCAUCGCCGUUUGCGUGUUUGUUGUUAGACCAGGCAUUUCUUGGAUCAUACGCAAAACCCCUGAAGGCGAGAACUUUAGUGAGUUCUACAUUUGUCUCAUCUUGACGGGAGUCAUGAUCUCUGGUUUCAUUACCGAUUCAAUUGGAACACAUUCUGUCUUUGGUGCUUUUGUAUUCGGUCUUGUGAUCCCCAAUGGACCUCUUGGUCUCACCCUCAUAGAGAAACUCGAAGAUUUUGUCUCUGGACUUCUCCUGCCUCUCUUCUUUGCAAUAAGUGGUCUCAAGACUAAUAUAGCUUCCAUCGAAGGUCCCGCCACGUGGUUAACUCUGAUGCUUGUUAUCGUUCUAGCGUGUGCUGGAAAAGUCAUUGGCACUGUCAUCGUUGCGUUUUUCCACGGGAUGCCGGUUCGCGAAGGGAUAACUAUUGGCUUGCUAUUAAACACCAAAGGUCUUGUUGAAAUGAUCGUCCUUAAUGUUGGCAAAGACCAAAAGGUUUUGGACGACGAGACUUUUGCCACGAUGGUGCUUAUAGCCUUGGUUAUGACUGGAGUCAUAACUCCUAUUGUAACCGUUCUUUACAAACCGGUGAGGCGUUCGGUUUCGUACAAGAGACGGACGAUUCAACAGACAAAGCCGGACAGUGAGCUUCGAGUGCUGGUAUGCGUCCAUACGCCGCGUAACGUUCCAACUAUAAUAAACCUUCUCGAAGCUUCACAUCCUACAAAGAGAUCUCCCAUUUGCAUAUACGUUCUCCAUCUUGUUGAGCUCACGGGUAGAGCGUCCGCGAUGCUGAUCGUCCACAGCACUCGAAAAUCAGGACGGCCGGCGCUUAACAGAACGCAAGCUCAAUCAGAUCACAUCAUUAACGCCUUCGAGAAUUAUGAACAGCAUGCUGCCUUUGUCGCUGUUCAGCCCUUGACAGCCAUUUCGCCUUACUCGACGAUGCACGAGGACGUUUGCAGCUUGGCAGAGGACAAACGUGUUUCCUUUAUAAUCAUACCGUUUCACAAACAACAAACGGUGGAUGGAGGGAUGGAAGCGACCAACCCGGCUUACCGUUUGGUUAACCAAAACCUACUCGGAAACUCGCCUUGCUCCGUUGGGAUUCUCGUGGACAGAGGACUCAACGGCGCCACGAGAUUGACUUCGAACACCAUCUCUCUCCAAGUUGCCGUUCUAUUUUUCGGUGGUCCUGACGAUAGAGAAGCCUUGGCUUAUGCUUGGAGGAUGGCUGAACAUCCUGGCAUUAGUUUAUCUGUGCUGCGUUUUAUCCCUGAUGAAGAUGUAGCGGAACCUGCUUCUUCCACUCGGAAUAUGAAUGUGGACAUGAAGAAGCAACGACAGCUUGAUGAUGAGUACAUCAAUACCUUCAGAGCAGCGAAUGCGGAACACGAGACGAUUCUUUACGUCGAUAAAGUGGUUAGCAAUGGAGAGGAGACGGUUGCUGCGGUGAGAUCAAUGGAUAGUUCUCAUGAUCUGUUUAUAGUUGGAAGAGGAGAAGGAAUGUUGUCUCCUCUCACCGCCGGUUUAACUGAUUGGAGUGAGUGCCCUGAGCUCGGUGCCAUUGGAGAUUUGCUCGCCUCUUCAGAUUUUGCAGCCACUGUCUCGGUCCUUGUGGUUCAGCAGUAUGGUGGGUCAUCGGCACUAGAAGAUGACAUGGAUUUGCCUGAUAGUCCGGUACACUCACAUGAACAUCCAAGGGACACAUAUGGUUUACAGAAUCCACGGUAGCUGACUUUGAGAAUUUGUGUGCUCUUGUUCAUUUUCAUUUAUUUUUGUCUUACAAUGUAUUUUAGCAAAUAUAUAUUGGCUGAAACCCUUGAUAUGGGGUAUUAGUUUUAUUUAUUUUAAAUUUUUACAUGUAAUUUGUAUAUCCAGACCUCUAAACUGUAUCAUUUCUGAUAUCUUAAAAUGGAAGUUUUUUAAAUUGGCUUGUAUUGUAGGAGAAUAAUUAUUAGUUAUAACAGCAAGGGUAUUACCUUCGUUCCAAUUGUUGAGUACUAAUAAGCGCUGGAAACUAAUGCAUGAACUAGCUAGAUCACUUAAUGGGUAUUUUCAAAAUUUUAUUGGUUUGAUCCAUGAGCUAUUGGACCAAGAGAGACGAUCUACUCUUGAGAGGGCUUUGGAACAACUUCUUCUUUUUUUUUGUCACUGAGGCUUUGGAGCAACUUGAACCAGGAAAGAAGCUUAAGGAGGUUCGACCAGAACUUGAUCAAUACGGAAGACCAGUACAUGAGCAAGAUGGAGACCAUGAACCUGCUACCUGGACGAGCAAGCGAGAGUGUAUGUAUGGUCGGUGAUGGAGCUUGCGAUGCAAGGCAAUGGUUAUAAUUAUCAUAAGCGCGACAACAUUUGCAGAUAAUUUUGUAUCUUAUUACACCAACAGAUUUAUUAUACAUAAAAAAUAUAAUUUAAUAUUUAUAUAGUUGGAUAUGCUUAACAUAAAACUAUUACUAAUAAUAAAUAAUUUGUAAGUUACUCGAUUAAAGAAUGUUUGUGGAGCACUGAAUAGUACUUCAUUUGGUUAUUACCAGGAAGCGUUAAUAAAGGGAGAAAGAAACGGAUGUCCAGUGGUGAGACGCAGAAGAAUCGCUCCCUAAUUUUCAACAAAAAAAACAGUAGAAAGAAAGAGAAAGAGAGAGAGCUUUGAUCUGAUUUUGAUCCCUCUCUCACAACCAUGGCUAUU